AUGGACUGCAGUCCUUCCUCCAAUGCCGUCCCGCCCCGCCGCAAUGAUCGCCGGAAGCUGGUUCAAUCGACGCUCUUUCCUCUCAUGCCACUGGAACCCGUUAUGAAAAACCACAAAGAGGAAGAAUGCGACGAGGAUGACUCCGAGGCUGAUAAUAACAAAAAGAAGAGGAAGAGACCUAAGGCAAAAGUCACUCAUCCAAAAAAGAGUUUUAGUAAGGUAGAAUGUGACGAGGAUUACUCUGAGGCUGAUAAUAACAAGAAGAAGAGGAAGAGGCCCAAGGCAAAAGCCACUCCUCCAAAAAAGAGUUAUACUAAGCGGAGUGCCACACCAAAGAAAAAGGCAACUGCUAACGGUACUAAGGGAUUAACAUCGCCGCAGGUGUUAGCUAAUUCUGAUCAGGUUAAGGCACCCGUCUAUGAUUUGUUUCUAGAAGCGAAAAAGUCUGCUGAGGUAUGUUACUUUUGGCUGGGAGUCUGGGAUUUUCUAUUGCUUUGCUCUGAUGUGAUUAAGGGGGAUGAUGCCUCAUCCGUUGAUUGGAUAAACUGGACGUUCAUGGAGAAUCCCUCCUUUAUGAAUUACAUUCCAGAGAGUUUAAAUUCAUCUGUUUUCGAGGGUUAUGUUGAAUCCUUAAAUUUUGAUAAGCUUCAUAGUCCUUUGAAUCCAUCAGGCAUUUCAAUUUCUCAGGAUGCCUUAUCUUCACAUAGACUUUCUAUAAUUCCAAACAAUCUGGAAGAAGUAUCACCAUCAAACUCGGCUUCACUAGCAGAACAUACAGCAUGCUAUCUGACAUUUACCUACUCUCUUUGCAUAGCUGUGAACUUGGAGGUGGAUGAAUCUAUUCCUACAACUGUGCUAGCUGGCAUUGUUAGCAAGUCUAAAGAUACUGAGCGACUGAGUAGGUUUCUUCAAGAAAGGCCAAGAAAGGCUGUUGAGGUUUGUGGUAAUGAUGAACCUGUGAAUUUCUUGCGUGAUUGGCUAUGUCGUUGGCAUGAAAGACGAUAUAAAAGCAGGAAGGAUAACAAUUGCCUGGAUAAAAGUGACAUGCAAGAUGUUAAUGAUGACGAUGAUUAUAAAUGUUCUUAUAGCGACUAUGAUUCAGAAGAUAUAGAUGAGAAGGAUUCCCUGCAAAAAGUUCUUUUAAUUACUGGACCAAUUGGGAGUGGCAAGUCAUCAGCUGUAUAUGCUUGUGCCAAAGAGCAAGGGUUUAGCAUUUUAGAGCUCAAUUCAUCACAUUCUAGAAAUGGGACUGCUAUCAGGAACUUGGAAGAAUCUCUUACUUCAAUUGGGUUCCACAGGCAAUCACAAAACAAGGCGAGUUCACAGAAGAACUCUAAAAAUUUGCCCCCAUCUCCAACUCUGUUCAAUGGUGGAUCAUCAUUGAAGUUACUAGGUGAAAAUGAUGAGUCUGAAAAGUAUAAAUUCCAUCCUCUAGUCCUAGUUGAGGAUGUGGACAUCCUUUACGCCGAAGAUCGUGGAUGUAUAGCUGCCAUACAACAGAUUGCUGAGACUUCAAAGGGGCCAAUUAUAUUGACCAGUAAUAGUGAUAAUCCGGGUCUGCCACAUAAGUUUGAUAGGUUCCAUGUUCCAUUCGUGUUGCCAUCGCCAAAGGAGUUGCUUUCGCAUCUGUAUACUGUUUGUCUCACUGAAGGAGUCAACAUCCAUCCUCUUUUAGUGGAGAAGUUUAUACAUUCUUGUGGUGGAGAUAUCCGAAAAUCCAUUAUGCAUCUUCAGUUCUGGUUUCAGAGUAAAACAUUUCAAAAAGAUGAAAAAUCACAAACAGGUUAUGGCUCACUUCCAUUUGAUCUUGAGCUUGGCCAUCAGAUUCUACCAAAGAUAAUGCCCUGGGAUUUCCCCUCGGUGAUAUCUGAACUAAUUGAGAAUGAAUUAACCAAACCAAUAAAUAUAAUGGAAGAAAACUCCAGAGGGUUAGUUACAGAAGAGCUUCACGUUAGUGAUCGGCAAAAAGAUUUAAAUGUGAAAUGUAUGGAGACUGAUUAUAUAGAGGCCAAGAAGGUGGAGAUGAUUAAGAGGAAUGGAUCGUUGACAGAUUACAGUGAGCUUGAAUUUCAAUAUGACGCUGUUUCUGAGUUUUCCAAUUCUGCUGGUUCCCCACUAGCAUCCUCCUCUAGGCAUAAUGGUCGGAGGAAACUUGUAGUUAUGUCCUCUGAUUCUGAGGACGAGGAUUCAAACAAUGGAUAUCCUGAAUGCUCACAUGAUGAAGCUGAUACGAGACAAUUGAUGAAAGAAAAUAAUGGUUGUCCCUCGGAGUUUCAAUUAAAAGGAAACUACCCCGACACAUCAAUUCACAGGCUAGUUUGUUCCGAUUUGGAGCAUUCAGAUGAAAAAUAUUUUAAAUAUUCAGAAACAGCUGAUGGUAUAUACUUAAAUGAAACAUGUAAAUCAUUAGAUGUAUCUUGUGUGCCAGAAUCAACGUUUGUUCCUGAAACAGAAAUUGAAAAUGGAACAGAGGCUAUCUCUGGAGCCGUGUCUUCUGACCCUGCUGGCCCUCUUGUCAGUCCUCGAGAGGUAUCCGUGAAUAAUGAGUUGAAACCAUUCACUUUCAAUGUUCGUAGGCGCUUAACAAAAUUGUCACGAAAUCCAGAUUUGUAUGUUGAUACUGAAAUUCCAGACUAUUCUCUUAAAGGGGUUCAGCAUGAUGUUCAAGAUGAACAUAUGGAACAGAUUGUUAAAGUGAUGGAUGAGUGCAGUCGAAUGGAUUUCAAACUAAAGCCAACGUUUUUGCAGUCCAAUCCAUUAGACGAGACAGAAAAGAUACAAAAAGUGUGGAGAGAUCUCCGCGAUGGUCGAAUUGAUUUGAGACAGCGUUCUACCGCAGAUCAGCUUGGUACUUUUCAAGUUGUUAAACUUGCUAGUGGACUGUGCAAUCUAAUUUCAGACGCAGACUUGUUUCCUAAACGGGACGGAAUGGAACCUUCAAGGUUCCUUUCUGACGAAGUCGCAUCCAAUGGGUAUUGGGAACAAAUGAUGAUGUCCACUGUUGCUGAACAUGGGUUUUGCUUUUACGCCAAGCUUAUAUCAGAUGAAGGAUCAAAAUUGGGCUGUGCAAAAUGUGUUGAUAUUACUUCUGAGAUGUUGACUUCGUCCACUGAUAUUAUGGCAUUGGGGAAAUUAUCCCGACAGGAUCUCACGAAAAUGAAAGACUUCCAUACUGGAAAUGAAGCAGAGUGGAAUACCCCAAUAAAUAAUAUGCAGAAGAGUGAAAAUAAAAAAUCUCUGGUCGAGGUCAUCCAAUCCAUUGCUCCUGCAAGAACAUCCUUGACAUUAAAAGGUGAUGGAUUCAACGAAUAUCUAUCUUCAUUACGCCAAAUUUCAAGGUCAGAAGCUUUCCGCAUUUCACAAGAGGUUGAAAAGAAGAGAGGAGGAAGGGUACGGGGCGUUCACCAUUACUUGAGCAUAUGUACCACGUUGUCUUCUGAAGAUAUAUCUUUGAUGAGCGGUGGUGAUCCGUACAGAAAGAUUUCUUCACAACAUACAACAUAG